CAGUUGGCUCGCGCCAGUGAUCGUGUGCUGUGUUGAAACGGACGCUUGGUGUGUGUCGACAACACUUUUAAAACCCUUUUAAAAAGCCCUCCUCUAAGAACACCACAAACUCAGAUCACACCGCGUCACGCACUCUUUAUGAAGUUUUUGUAUAUUUAACGGCGACAACUGCACCGGAACACCUUAGAAGUGACCCUGCUACAACAACAGGCGGACCGCAAUGGGGGAGCACGGACGAACAGAUUCUUAUCGUGUGGCUACGAUUCCAACGAAUUACGACGACAACAAAACCGCAGAUGGUAGAGUGAAGUCACGGAGGAAACAUGUCAAAAAGCCCAGAAAAGCAGAUGACCUCGAUGACCUCAAACAAGAAUUGGACAUCGAUUAUCACAAAAUUUCACCCGAAGAACUCUAUCAACGGUUUCAAACUCACCCAGAAAAUGGCCUCAGUCAUGCGAAGGCGAAAGAAAAUUUGGAACGAGAUGGUCCCAAUGCGUUAACGCCGCCCAAAACGACACCCGAAUGGGUCAAGUUCUGCAAGAAUCUCUUCGGUGGUUUCGCCCUGCUGCUGUGGAUAGGCGCCUUUCUUUGUUUCAUAGCUUAUUCGAUCCAGGCGAGCACAGAAGAUGAACCCUCAGAUGAUAACCUUUACUUAGGCAUUGUAUUAGCUGCCGUUGUUAUCGUUACAGGUAUUUUCUCGUAUUAUCAAGAAAGUAAGAGUUCAAAAAUUAUGGAAUCCUUCAAGAACAUGGUACCACAAUUCGCGACCGUUUUAAGAGAAGGUGAAAAGUUAACGUUAAGGGCCGAAGAUUUGGUAUUAGGUGAUGUAGUAGAAGUAAAAUUUGGAGACAGGAUACCGGCCGAUAUCCGUAUCAUCGAGUCCCGAGGUUUCAAGGUCGACAACAGCUCGCUCACUGGUGAAUCUGAACCACAAAGUCGUAGCCCCGAAUUCACGCACGAAAACCCAUUGGAGACGAAGAACUUAGCCUUUUUCUCUACGAAUGCCGUCGAAGGAACUGCCAAAGGUGUCGUGAUUAGUUGUGGUGAUAACACAGUAAUGGGUAGAAUCGCUGGAUUAGCUUCCGGAUUGGAUACUGGCGAAACUCCGAUCGCUAAAGAAAUUCACCAUUUCAUUCAACUUAUUACUGGUGUCGCUGUAUUUCUUGGAGUAACCUUCUUCGUUAUUGCUUUUAUUUUGGGUUAUCAUUGGUUGGAUGCUGUAAUCUUUUUGAUUGGUAUUAUCGUCGCCAACGUACCCGAAGGUUUAUUGGCUACCGUAACUGUGUGUCUUACGUUAACUGCUAAGAGAAUGGCCUCAAAGAACUGUUUGGUUAAGAAUUUAGAAGCUGUAGAAACAUUGGGAUCGACAAGUACCAUUUGUUCUGAUAAGACCGGUACAUUGACACAGAAUAGGAUGACUGUUGCUCACAUGUGGUUUGAUAAUCAAAUUAUUGAAGCUGAUACCACUGAAAAUCAAUCUGGCGUACAAUACGAUAGAACAAGUCCAGGAUUUAAAGCUCUUUCGCGGAUCGCAACAUUAUGUAACAGAGCUGAAUUUAAGGGUGGUCAAGACGGUGUACCAAUUUUGAAGAGAGAAGUCAAUGGAGAUGCUUCAGAAGCAGCACUUUUGAAAUGUAUGGAAAUCGCUUUAGGUAACGUUAUGAAUAUCAGAAGGAAAAACAAGAAGGUUUGCGAAAUUCCGUUCAACUCGACGAAUAAAUUUCAAGUGUCCAUUCACGAAAACGAAGAUACGAAUGAUCCUAGACACAUCUUGGUGAUGAAGGGAGCUCCUGAAAGGAUUUUGGAGAAAUGUAGCACCAUCUUUAUCUGCGGAAAAGAAAAAGUCCUCGACGACGAAAUGAAGGAAGCUUUCAAUAACGCUUAUUUGGAAUUGGGAGGUUUAGGUGAACGUGUGUUAGGAUUUUGCGAUAUGAUGUUACCAACUGAUAAAUUCCCAAUGGGUUUCAAGUUCAAUUCAGACGAUCCCAAUUUCCCAUUAGAAGGAUUUAGAUUUGUUGGUCUUAUGUCUAUGAUUGAUCCACCAAGAGCUGCUGUACCUGAUGCUGUAGCUAAAUGUAGAAGCGCUGGUAUUAAGGUUAUUAUGGUUACUGGUGAUCAUCCAAUUACUGCCAAAGCCAUUGCAAAAUCCGUCGGUAUCAUUUCCGAAGGCAACGAAACAGUAGAAGACAUUGCUCAAAGAUUGAAUAUUCCCAUUUCGGAAGUGAACAGGAAUGAUGCCAAAGCUGCAGUUCUUCACGGAUCCGAUCUCAGGGAACUUAGCUCAGAUCAAUUGGAUGAAGUUUUAAGGAAUCACACUGAAAUUGUCUUCGCCAGAACGUCUCCACAACAAAAAUUGAUUAUUGUUGAAGGUUGUCAAAGAAUGGGUGCUAUUGUAGCUGUAACUGGUGAUGGUGUAAACGAUUCUCCCGCUUUGAAGAAAGCCGAUAUUGGUGUAGCUAUGGGUAUUGCUGGUUCUGACGUAUCUAAACAAGCUGCAGACAUGAUUCUUUUGGAUGAUAAUUUCGCUUCGAUCGUAACAGGUGUUGAAGAGGGCCGUUUAAUUUUCGAUAAUUUGAAGAAAUCCAUCGCGUACACUUUAACCUCAAACAUUCCCGAAAUUUCACCUUUCCUUGCCUUUAUCCUCUGCGAUAUUCCAUUGCCUCUUGGUACCGUCACUAUUCUUUGCAUCGAUCUUGGAACUGACAUGGUGCCAGCAAUAUCAUUGGCUUAUGAAAAAGCCGAAUCAGAUAUUAUGAAACGUCGCCCCAGAGACCCUUUUGGCGAUAAAUUAGUAAACGAAAGAUUAAUCUCAAUGGCAUACGGUCAAAUCGGUAUGAUUCAAGCGGCCGCCGGUUUCUUCGUUUACUUCGUCAUCAUGGCUGAAAAUGGUUUCCUUCCAAUGCAACUCUUCGGUAUACGUAAACAAUGGGAUUCAAGGGCAGUUAACGAUUUAACCGAUUCGUAUGGACAAGAAUGGACAUAUCGUGACAGAAAGACUUUGGAGUACACCUGCCAUACCGCAUUCUUCGUUUCCAUCGUUGUUGUACAGUGGGCCGAUUUGAUCAUUUGCAAAACGAGACGUAACUCUCUCGUUCAUCAAGGCAUGAGAAAUUGGGCUUUGAACUUUGGUCUCAUUUUUGAGACAGCGCUUGCUGCCUUCCUCUCGUACACACCUGGCAUGGACAAAGGUCUACGUAUGUUCCCACUCAAAUUUGUAUGGUGGCUUCCGGCGUUGCCGUUCAUGUUGGCGAUUUUCAUCUACGACGAGACGAGGCGUUUCUACUUGAGACGUAACCCGGGAGGAUGGCUAGAACAAGAAACCUACUAUUAAGAGCGAAAUAGCCCAGUGUACUGCCAUACCUGUGUUGCCGUUUCGGCAUCGCGCAGGACACAUAGAUUAUUAUAUAUACAAAAAAAAUUAUAUAUAUAUUCGAUAGGAAAGAUUUCGUUCCAACGCGCUCGCGCUUUCAAGCAAAAAAAAAAUUGUCUCUGCAUACAUACAUAACAUUAACAAAGAAAAAAAAAAUACAUAAAUACGUUUUAAAUGGGUUUUAUCGAAUGCACAAUAAAUAGUGGAAAGAGAAAAAAAAAGUAAUUAUUACUACUAAUGAUAACGAUACUAAUAAUUAAUUAAUUAAUUAAAUAAUAACGAUAAUAAAUUAAUGGAUAAAACGAUAUCGUUCCCUAUCGAUAUGUUGUACAAAUCCUGUUGCUAAUUUAGAAGAUUCGCUGCUUAAAGCGGUUUUAUAAUGUUAAGGGUGAGUGUGCGAGUGCGGUGGCCGUCGAUCCUCCCAAAAUUCAUUAUUUUUAACUUUAACACCCCACAAAGAAAAACACACCAACAAAUACACACUCGCGCACACCAAAAUUAUCCUCCCCGCGAUUAGAAGAGUACCUUCUUCAUAAAGUGACAUCGCAUUCGCACAUUAGAUUUAAAAAUUAAUUAAAAAAAAUCGAGAAAAUCAGAAUUACGAUACAGAAAAAAGUGGAUUAGAAAAGUUUGGUUUGAAUCUCAAAGUAUAUAGAAAAAAGAGAUCCGAAGCUGGAAAUAAUAGAAGAGAAGAAGUAACAACAACCAUUCACUGUCGAAGUAAAAAAAAAAUCCAGUAGUAGCAAUGGUGUUUUCUAACAUUCCAAGUUGAAAACAGUAAAUUGCCUUAGUGCUGUCAGUCUGUUUGGUCCGUAUUUUGGGGGCGGAGGCGGGUAUUAGAGUUAGCGCGGCGCCGGCGUCUCGGCAGGGGCGGGUUUGCUGUUGGGCCCCCACCGUGCCACCCCCGGCCCGCACUCCGCCUCUCUUUCGCCCAAACCCCCGAAAAUAGAAGAAAAACUAAGCAAAAAAUAAAUAAAUUCAAUGUGAAUGAACGAGGUAGUAUUAUUAGGCUUUCAACACUUAGGUUUAGCUAGAGUUGUAACUGUGUUGUUAUAUCGUGUUAAGUGUAAACCAGUCGGUCGUGCUCAAUAAACAUGACUACUAAAUCACACGAUUGUAUAACAUUUGACGUUUUAUUAUGAUUAUAUCACUAUUAUUAUUAUUAUUAUAAUUAUUGCCACUACGUUUUUUCGUUGUAACGUUUUUUAGUAGCAUAGAAAAAGAAUUAAAUUAAAACGAGAUGUUUGGAAGCGAGACAUUAACUAAAAGAAGAAAAUUAUAAUAACGAAAGCGAAAAGAGGAUGAGGAACGGUUUAGCAAAAAAAAAAAUAUAUAAACAAUAAACGCGGGCAGGCAAUAACAGGGUGGGAGACGCACGUUAAACGAAAAGUCGUCGUCGUACACGAUACUUAGCGGCCACACGUCCUAUUCUGUAUUUCGGUUAGUUGUGUCGCAGAGGAUCUGCUUCGUAGGGCCCUAUUUUCAUAUACUCUCUCGCGCCCUGGUCCGAGACCAGCCCACCACGGUAUUGUUAUCUUAUUGUAAAUAUUUUUAAGUAUCAGUUUAUUAUUCGCUUGUGUUCUUUUCACAUUCAUGUUUUAGUACAUAAAGCUGUAAAAAUUUUGGGUUUUAAUAAAAUGGAUCAUAGAAUUAAAGUUUAAAA